AUGAACCGCAUCAUGUUGCAUUUGGUUGAAUUUGCGCAGAGGGCUCCCCAAAUUGCAGCUGCCGCUGCCAUUUUCGGCGGCUUCGUAGUCUACUUUAUUUACACUUGCUUCUACAACAUUUACCUGCACCCAUUACGCCAUAUUCCCGGCUCAAAAUGGGCCGUCAUUGGGCCCUAUCUGGAGUUCUAUCACGAGGUGAUCAGAGAUGGUCAGUAUCUUUGGGAGAUUGAAAAGAUGCACCAGAAAUUCGGCCCCAUCAUUCGUGUGAAUGCUCGUGAAAUCCACAUUCGAGACCCUGAAUUUUAUCACACAAUCUAUACCGCCGGCAGCCGCAAGACAAACAAGGAUCCCGACACUGUCGGAGCCUUUGAUGUCCCCAAUGCCAUGGCCGGAACCGUUGAGCACGAUCACCAUCGUGCGCGCCGCGGCUACCUGAACAGCUACUUUGCCAAGCGCGCCAUUGCCGCCUUGGAGCCCACCGUCCACGAGCGUGUCUCCAAGGCCUUUACUCGUAUCGACGAGCAUCUCGACGAAAACAAGAUUCUGAGCUUGGACGGUGUCUUUUGCGCACUCACGGCCGAUGUCAUUAGUUCUCGCUUCUACGGCAAGCACCAGGAUUAUCUCAGCAUCCCCGACUUCCACUUUGUCGUGAGAGACGGCUUCCUCGGUCUGACCAAGGUUUAUCAUCUGGCGCGCUUCCUACCUAUUAUUGUUACUACUUUGAAGAGACUCCCGUAUGGCUGCAUUCGUAUGGUCAUUCCAGCCGUUGCCGAUUUGCUGGUUAUGCGCGAUGAGAUCAAAGUAAAAGGCGCAGAUGAGUUUGUCGCUAGCCAAACAUCCGAAAGCAAGUCGUCGGUCCUGGUUGGCGCCCUGGCAAACCCGCACAUUCCGCCACACGAGAGGACCGUGGAUCGUAUGCUGGACGAAGGCACCGUUGUCUUGUUUGCUGGAACCGAGACUACCUCGAGGACCAUGUGUGUCACCAUGUUCUACCUCCUGACACAUCCAGAGUGCCUUGCACGACUGCGUGCCGAGCUUGAAACCUUGCCGCCCUCGGAGGACUACAAGCACUCACUUCCGGCACUCGAAAACCUGCCCUACCUGACCGCGGUGAUCCAUGAAGGGCUUCGACUUACGUUCGGACCCAUCAGCCGUUCCUCCCGCGUGGCCACUGAACAGGAGCUUGUUUACGGCGAGUAUACCAUUCCUGUCGGAACGCCCGUCAGCCAGUCUACCUACUUCAUGCACUCCAACGAGAGUAUCUUUCCCGACUACAAAAAGUUUGACCCCGAACGCUUCAUCAAAGCUGCUAAAGAGGGCGUGAACCUCACAAAGUUUGUGACCAAUUUUUCGGGGGGCAGCAGAAUGUGCAUUGGUUUCAACAUGUCUUUUGCCGAAAUGUACUUGACUCUCUCGCGCGUGGUCCGCCAAUACGACUUUGAACUGUUCGACACCACGCUGGCCGACGUCGAUAUCACGCACGCCCGUAUUGUUGGGUACCCCAAGGCCAUUCCCGGAAAGAAGGAGUUUCUAGGAGAAAUUCGUGUCAAGGUUUGCCGCAAGAAUAUCGCCACAUUCUAG